AUGUACCCCUACCCUGAUUUGAUCAGUCUUGUGCAUAACUGGUUUCACCUAUAUUUCCUUCUGUUGUGUAUCUUCUACCUUUCACUUUUCCUUUGUCUUUCCCUCUUUAUCUGUACCUCACUUCUGCCCCACCUUUUUUCUUUUACUUCUGUCUUUGCUCUUUUGUCUUUCUUUUGUCCUCUUCACCUUGAGUCUACCUCACUUUCUCUCCUGUUUUUUUUUUCACAUUUCUCUUUUUGUCUCUUUCACUCCCCUCUUUUCAUCUCUCUUUCUCAUAUCCCUGUUUCAUUCCUCUCUCUUGUCUCUCUUUCUGACUUAUUAUCCUUUUUUUUUUGUCCCUGCAUCUGCCUCUCUCUUGCCACUUAUUUCUUUUGUCUCUUUUUUUGUUUUUUGACUCUCUUUUGUCUUUGUCUCUCUUUCUUGUGUCCCCACUUGUCUAUCUUUCUUGUGUUCCCACUUGUCUCUCUUUCUUGUGUCCCCACUUGUCUCUCUUUCUUGUGUCCCCACUUGUCUCUCUUUCUUGUGUCCCCACUUGUCUCUCUUUCUUGUGUCCCCACUUGUCUCUCUUUCUUGUGUUCCUACUUGUCUCUCUUUCUUGUGUCUCCACAUGUCUCUUUCUUGUGUCUGACUUUUCUCUUUUUGCUGUCUCCACAUGUCUCUUUUUCUUCUGCCCCCACCUGUCUGUCUUUCUUCUGCCCCUGCUUGUCUCUCUUUCUUGUGUCCUCACUUGUCUCUCUCUUUCUUGUAUCCUCACUUGUCUCUCUCUUUCUUGUGUCCUCACUUGUCUCCCUCUUUCUUGUGUCCUCACUUGUCUCUCUCUUUCUUGUGUCCUCACUUGUCUCUCUCUUCUUUGUGUCUCACUUGUCUCUCUCUUUUUGCUGUUUUGUGUCCCACAUGUCUUUCUUUUCUUCUGCCCCACCUGUCCUCUUGUCUCUCUUCUUGCCCCUUGUGCUUGUCUCUCUUUCUUGUGUCCUCACUUGUCUCUCUCUUUCUUGUAUCCUCACUUGUCUCUCUCUUUCUUGUGUCCUCACUUGUCUCUCUCUUUCUUGUGUCCUCACUUGUCUCUCUCUUUCUUGUGUCCUCACUUGUCUCUCUCUUUCUUGUGUCCUUACUUGUCUCCCUCUUUCUUGUAUCCUCACUUGUCUCUCUCUUUCUUGUAUCCCACUUGUCUCUCUCUUUCUUGUAUCCUCUUGUCUCUCUCUUUCUUGUGUCCUCACUUGUCUCUCUCUUUCUUGUGUCCUCACUUGUCUCUCUCUUUCUUGUGUCCUCACUUGUCUCCCUCUUUCUUGUAUCCUCACUUGUCUCUCUCUUUCUUGUGUCCUCACUUGUCUCUCUCUUUCUUGUGUCCUCACUUGUCUCUCUUUCCCCUCUUGUGUAUCCUCACUUGUCUCUCUCUCUUUCUUUCCUUGUGUCUCUCUCUCACUUGUCUCUGUCUCUCUCUUUCUUGUAUCCUCACUUGUCUCUCUCUUUCUUGUAUCCUCCUUGUCUCCUCUUUCUUUGUCCUCUCUCUCUCUUGUGUGUCCACUUGUCUCUCUCUCUCUUGUGUCCUUGUGUCUCUCUUUCUUGUAUCCUCUUGUUCUCUCUUUCUUGUGUCCUCACUUGUCUCUCUCUUUCUUGUAUCCUCACUUCUCUCUUUCUUUGUCUCUCUCUCUUGUGUCCUCACUUGUCUCUCUCUUUCUUGUGUCCUACUUGUCUCUCUCUUUCUUGUCUCUCUCUCUUUCUUGUAUCCUCACUUGUCUCUCUUUCUGUCCCUCACUUGUCUCUCUUUCUUGUGUCCUCUUGUCUCUCUCUCUCUUUUGUCUCCCUCUUUCUUGUGUCCUACUUGUCUCUCUCUUUCUUGUGUCCUCACUUGUCUCUCUCUUUCUUGUAUCCCCUUGUCUCUCUUUCUUGUAUCCUCACUUGUCUCUCUCUUUCUUGUGUCUCUUGUCUCUCUCUUUCUUGUCUCUCUCUUUCUUGUGUCCUCACUUGUCUCUCUUUCUGUUCUUGUCUCCCUCUUUCUUGUCUGUCUCCCUCUUUCUUGUAUCCUCACUUGUCUCUCUCUUUCUUGUGUCCUCCUUGUCUCUCUUUCUUGUGUCCUCACUUGUCUCUCUCUUUCUUGUGUCCUCACUUGUCUCUCUCUUUCUUGUGUCCUCACUUGUCUCCCUCUUUCUUGUGUCCUCACUUCUCUCUCUCUUUAUUGUGUCGCCACUUGUCUCUCCAUUUUUCUAUCAAGUUAUCCCUUUUUCUUUUUUCCCCCAACUUGUCUUUCUUUUUUUUUCUGCUUGUCUUCCUUUCUUUUUCAUCUCUCUUGUCUCUCUUACUUUUGUUUCUUCUUGUCUCUUUCUUUUAUCUCCACUCAACUCCUCCUUAUUUUUGGUCUUUGUAUCAGACUCCUUUUCUUUUGUUUCUUCUUCUUCCUUUUUUCUCUUAUUCUUUUUCUUUCUUUAUCAUAUCUCCGCUUCUGCCUGUCUUUUUCUUUUGUCUCUUUUGCAUUUCUCUUCUUUAUUUCUUUUUUUACAAAAAUAUACAAUUUUUCUCCUUUAUGUAUUUUGCAUCUCCAAAAUUAAUCUUUACCAAAUGACAUUGGUAUUUAUGCAUCUUACAUUCAACCUUUUUUUUUCCUGUGCGCUGCCUUAUUUUCUCUGCUGUCUUUCUUUCUUUUCCUUUUUGUCUUUAUCUUCCCUCUUCUUUUCCAUCCUCUUCCAACUUUUCUUUCUUUCCUUCACUUUCUUCUUUUCAACCCUUUUCUUUAUAUAUUUCCUUCUUUUCCUCACCUUUCCUUCACUGUCUUUUCUUCUUUUCCUUCCUCCUCUUUGCACAUUUUUUUUUAAUUUAUACUUUUUUGUUCAUUUUUUUCUUUUCCUUCCUUCUCUCUCUUUUCCUCUUUCUUUUCCUCUUUUCAUUCCUCUCUUUAUCCAGUUUUUCUCUUCCUUACCUUCUUUUUUCUUUCUGUCUCUCAUCUCUUCUUUUCCUUCCUUAUCUCUUUUUUCUUUCUGUCUCUCAUCUCUUAUUUUCCUUCCUUCUCUAUGUUUUUCCUAUCUCUCCUAUCUUCGUUUUCAUUCUCUCCCCUUUUUCCUUUCUCUUAUCUCUUCUUAUCUUUCACUCAUAUCUUUUUUCCUUUCUCUACUAACAUCUUUUCCAUCCUCCUCUCAUCUCUUCCUUCUUUUUCUCUCUCUUUUCCUUUCUGUCAUCUUUUCUUUUAUUUUCUCUCUUCUAAUUUUUUCCUUCUUUCUGUCUCAUCUAUUCUUUCCUUCUCUCUCUUCUUUUCCUAUCUAUCCUCUCUCCUUUCCAGACUUUCCUCUCACCUUUCUCUUCUUUCUCAUCUUUUCCUAUCCUCUUUUCUCUCUCUUCUUUUUCUCUCUAUCCUCCCUUUUUUCAUUUUCUCCUUUCAUCUUUUACUUCCUUCUCUUUCUUCUUUUCCUCUCUCUUCUUUUCCUCUCUAUCCUCUCUUCUUUUCAGUCUUUCCUCUCAUCUUUUCCUUCUCUCUUUUCUCUUCCUAUCUAUCUUUCCUCUCUUUUCUUUUCUAUCUAUCCUCUAUCUUCUUUUCCUAUGUAUCCUCCCUUCUUUCCAGUCCCUCCUCUCAUCUUUUCUUUCCUUCCUCUCUUUCCUUUUCUCUCUCUUCUUUUUCUCUCUAUCCUUUCUAGUCUUUCCUCUCAUCUUUUCCUUCUCUCUCUUCUUUUCUUAUCAAUCUUCUUUCCUCCUUCUUCUUUUUCUUUCUAUCCUCUUUCAUCUAUCUUCUUUUCCUAUGCAUCCUCCUUUCCAGUCUCUCCUCUCGUCUUUUCCUUCCUUCUCUCUUUUCUUUUAUCUAUGUUCUUUCUCUCUCUUCUUUUUCUCUCUAUCCUCUCUUCUUUCCAGUCUUUCCUCUCAUCUCUUCCUUCUUUCUUAUCUUUUACAUCCUUCUCUCUCUUCUUUUCUUAUUUAUCCUUUCUAGUCUUUCCUCCCUUCUUUUCCUAUGACUUUUUAUCUCCUCUCCCUUUCUUUGCUCCCUUUUUAACAGCCCCCUCUCCUUCUCAUUUUAUGUUUUGUAUUCAGAGACCUAUCCCUUUGAGAAUUCCAUCCACUUCCCUCAUGAAAAGUUCCCCAGAUCUCAACUCUUUCUUUCUAAGCUUGCAAUAUUCAAGUUGCCAAUUGCACCCCACCAUUCCACACUUUGUUUUCCCUUCUAUAGUUCAACAUCUUUCUUUGCCCUGCUUACAAAUUGAUCUUCUUUCUGCUUGUAAAAUCCUCUUCACACCACAUGAUAUAGAUAUUUACCCUGACUCUCCUUCCCUCACCCGUUGCCAAUUCUCUGUCAUUCUAGACUGCAAUGAAGGUGUGGCAUCUAUUACUCCUUGUCUUAGACUUCCUGUUUCUUUAUUUGUAAAUUGCUUCGCGGUGUUUUCCUUUUCUAUUAAUUUGCUUUUGUUUCUCUUUUUUCUUUUCUUCAUUUUCUUCUUUCUCUUUUCUUUUUUUUUUUUUUCUUCAUUUUCUUCUUUCUCUUUUCUUCCUUUUUUUCUUUUUUCUUUUCUUCCUUUUUUUCUUUUUUCUUUUCUUCCUUUUUCCUUUUUUCUUUUUUCUUUUCUUCAUUUUCUUCUUUCUCUUUUCUUUGUUUUUUCUUUUCUUCAUUUUCUUCUUUCUCUUUUCUUUCUUUUUUCUUUUCUUCAUUUUCUUUUCUCUUUUCUUCCUUUUUUUCUUUUUUCUUUUCUUCCUUUUUUUCUUUUUUCUUUUCUUCCUUUUUCCUUUUUUCUUUUUUCUUUUCUUCAUUUUCUUCUUUCUCUUUUCUUUGUUUUUUCUUUUCUUCAUUUUCUUCUUUCUCUUUUCUUCCUUUUUUCUUUUUUCUUUUCUUCAUUUUCUUCUUACUCUUUUCUUCCUUUUUUCUUUUCUUCAUUUUCUUCUUUCACUUUUCUUUCUUUUUUCUUUUCUUCAUUUUCUUCUUUCACUUUUCUUUCUUUUUUCUUUUCUUCAUUUUCUUUCUCUUUUAUUCCUUUUUUGCUUUUUUUUUCUUCAUUUUCUUCUUUCUCUUUUCUUCCUUUUUUUCUUUUUUCUUUUCUACAUUUUUCUUUCUUUUUUUUUGUUUUUUCUUUUAUUCAUUUUCUUCUUUCUUCAUUUUCUUCCUUUUUCUUUUCUUUUCAUUUUCUUCUUACUCGUUUCUUCCUUUUUCUUUUCUUCAUUUUCUUCUUUCACUUUUCUUUCUUUUUCUUUUCUUCAUUUUUCUUUCUCUUUCUUCCUUUUUGCUUUUUCUUUUCUUCAUUUUUUUCUUCUUUCUUUUUCUUUUUUCUUUUUUUUUUUCUUUUUUUUCUCUUUUCUUUGUUUUUUCUUUUUUUUUCUUUCUCUUUUUCCUUUUUCUUUUUCUUUUCUUUUUUUCUUUUUUUUUUCUUUGUUUUUCUUUUCUUCAUUUUCUUCUUUCUCUUUUCUUCUUUUUUUCUUUUCUUUUCUACAUUUUCUUUUCUUUUCUUUCUUUUUCUUUUCUUUUUCUUUCUCUUCUUCCUUUUUUUUUUUUUCUUUUCUUCAUUUUCUUCUUUUCUUCUUUUUUUUCUUUUUCUUUUCUUCAUUUUCUUCUUUCUCUUUUCUUCCUUUUUUCUUUUCUUUUUUCUUUUUUCACUUUUCUUUCUUUUUUCUUUUCUUCUUUUUUCUUUUUCUAUUCUUUCUUUUUCAUUUUCUUCUUUUUUCUUCUUUCUCUUUUCUUCCUUUUUUUUUUUUUUUUUCUUCAUUUUCUUUCUCUUUUCUUCCUUUUUUCUUUUUUCUUUUCUUCAUUUUCUUCUUACUCUUUUCUUCCUUUUUCUUUUCUUCAUUUUCUUCUUUCACUUUUCUUUCUUUUUUCUUUUCUUCAUUUUCUUUCUCUUUUCUUUCUUUUUUAUUUUCUUCAUUUUCUUCUUUCUCUUUUCUUCCUUUUUUCUUUUUUCUUUUCUACAUUUUCUUCUUUCUCUUUUCUUCUUUUUUUUUUUUUUUUUUCAUUUUUUCUUCUUUCUUUUCUUCCUUUUUCUUUUUUCAUUUUUUCUUUUCUUUUUCUUUUUUUUUCUUCAUUUUUUUUUUUUUCUUUUUCUUUUCUUCAUUUUCUUCUUUCUCUUUUCUUCCUUUUUUCUUUUUUCUUUUCUACAUUUUCUUUCUCUUUUCUUCCUUUUUUCUUUUCUUCAUUUUCUUUCUCUUUUCUUCCUUUUUUCUUUUUUCUUUUCUUCAUUUUCUUCUUUCUCUUUUCUUCCUUUUUUCUUUUUUCUUUUCUUCAUUUUCUUCUUUCACUUUUCUUCCUUUUUAUUUUUUCAUUUUCUUUCUCUUUUUCUUCCUUUUUCUUUUUUCUUUCCUUCAUUUUCUUCUUUCACUUUUCUUUCUUUUUUUUUUUCUUCAUUUCUUUCUUCUUUCUUCCUUUUUUUUUUUUUUCUUCAUUUUCUUCUUUCCUUUUCUUCCCUUUUUUUUUCAUUUUCUUUCUCUUUUCUUCCUUUUUUUUUUUUCUUUUCUUCAUUUUUCUUCUUUCACUUUUCUUCCUUUUAUUUUUUUUUUUCUUUUUCUUUUUUCUUUUUUUUUUUUCUUUUCUUUUUUUCUUUUCUUUUCUUUCUUUUUUUCUUUUCUUCAUUUUCUUUCUUUUCUUCUUUUUUUUUUUUCUUUUCUUCAUUUUCUUCUUUUCUUUUUUCUUUUUUUUCCAUUUUCUUUCUUUUUUUCUUUUUUUUUUUUUUUCUUUCUUCAUUUUCUUCUUUUCUUUUUCUUCCUUUUAUUUUCAUUUUUUUCUUUCUCUUUUCUUUCUUUUUUUUCUUCAUUUUUCUUUCACUUUUCUUUUCUUUUUCUUUUCUUCAUUUUCUUUCUUUUCUUCUUUUUCUUUUUUUUCUUCAUUUUCUUCUUUCCUUUUCUUCCUUUUUUUUUUUCAUUUUCUUUCUCUUUUCUUCCUUUUUCUUUUUCUUUUCUUCAUUUUUUCUUCUUUUCUCUUUCUUCCUUUUUCUUUUUCUUUUCUUCAUUUUCUUCUUCUCUUUUCUUCCUUUUCUUUUCUUCAUUUUUUCUUUUUCUUUUCUUUCUUUUUUUUUUCUUCAUUUUCUUUCUCUUUUCUUUCUUUUUUCUUUUCUUCAUUUUCUUCUUUCUCUUUUCUUCCUUUUUUCUUUUUUCUUUUCUACAUUUUCUUCCUUUUUUCUUUUCUUCCUUUUCUUUCUCUUUUCUUCCUUUUUUCUUUUUUCUUUUCUUCAUUUUCUUCUUUCUCUUUUCUUCCUUUUUUCUUUUUUCUUUUCUUCAUUUUCUUCUUUCACUUUUCUUCCUUUUUAUUUUCAUUUUCUUUCUCUUUUCUUCCUUUUUUCUUUUUUCUUUCCUUCAUUUUCUUCUUUCACUUUUCUUUCUUUUUUAUUUUCUUCAUUUUCUUUCUCCUUUCUUCCUAUUUUGCUUUUUUCAUUUCUUCAUUUUCUUCUUUCUCUUUUCUUCCUUUUUUCUUUUUUCUUUUCUUCAUUUUCUUCUUUCACUUUUCUUCCUUUUUAUUUUCAUUUUCUUUCUCUUUUCUUCCUUUUUUCUUUUUUCUUUUCUUCAUUUUCUUCUUUCACUUUUCUUCCUUUUUAUUUUCUUCAUUUUCUUUCUCUUUUCUUUCUUUUUUCUUUUCUUCAUUUUCUUUUUUUUUUCUUUUUUUUUUCUUCUUUUUACUUUCUCUUUUCUUCCUUUUUUUUUUUUUCUUUCUUCAUUUUUCUUCUUUCACUUUUCUUCCUUUUUAUUUUCAUUUUCUUUCUCUUUUCUUCCUUUUUUCUUUUUUCUUUUCUUCAUUUUCUUCUUUCACUUUUCUUCCUUUUUAUUUUCUUCAUUUUCUUUCUCUUUUCUUUCUUUUUUCUUUUCUUCAUUUUCUUUCACUUUUCUUUCUUUUUUUCUUUUCUUCAUUUACUUUCUCUUUUCUUCCUUUUUUCUUUUCUUCAUUUUCUUCUUUCACUUUUCUUUCUUUUUAUUUUCUUCAUUUUCUUUCUCUUUUCUUCCUUUUUUCUUUUUUCUUUUCUUCCUUUUUUCUUUUUUCUUUUCUUCCUUUUUCUUUUUUCUUUUCUUCAUUUUCUUCUUUCUCUUUUCUUCCUUUUUUCUUUUUUCUUUUCUUCAUUUUCUUCUUUUUAUUUUCUUUUUCUUUUUAUUUCCUCCUUUUCUCAUUUUUCUUUAAUUUUUUUCCUUUAA